ACAGUUUACUCCUCCUAUUAGUUACCUGUCCCAGGACCCCUCCCUCUAGCCCGGGAGCGCGGUGCCGCCGACGCGGAUUGGCUAAAGACUAGCAGGCGGGGCUUGGAGGUGGGUUAAAGAGCUUGCUAGCAGUACCGCCACGCGUGCCUGAGAAGGUUCAAUGGCGUGGCAGGGACUGGCGGCCGAAUUCCUUCAGGUGCCGGCGGUGACGCGGACCUACACCACGGCGUGCGUCCUCACCACGGCCGCGGUGCAGCUGGAGUUCCUCAGCCCCUUCCAGCUCUACUUCAACCCGCACCUCGUGUUCCGGAAGUUCCAGGUCUGGAGGCUCGUCACCAACUUCCUCUUUUUCGGGCCCCUGGGAUUCAGCUUCUUCUUCAACAUGCUCUUCGUGUUCCGCUACUGCCGAAUGCUCGAGGAGGGCUCCUUCCGCGGCCGCACAGCAGACUUUGUCUUCAUGUUUCUCUUCGGGGGCGUUCUUAUGAUCCUGCUGGGGCUCCUGGGCAGCCUCUUCUUCCUGGGGCAGGCCCUCACAGCCAUGCUGGUGUACGUGUGGAGCCGUCGAAGCCCCCGGGUGAGGGUCAACUUCUUUGGCCUCCUCACCUUCCAGGCACCAUUCCUGCCCUGGGCGCUCAUGGGCUUCUCACUGCUGCUGGGCAACUCGAUCCUUGUGGACCUGCUGGGGAUCGCCGUGGGCCACAUCUACUACUUCCUGGAGGAUGUCUUCCCCAACCAGCCUGGAGGCAAGAGGCUGCUGCUGACCCCCAGCUUCCUGAAGCUGCUCCUGGAUGCCCCAGAGGAGGACCCCAAUUACCUGCCUCUCCCGGAGGAACAGCCAGGACCCUUGCAGCAAUGACCCCUCCCAGGGCCAGGGCCACUCGAAUAAACAGAAAGAUCUGCAGCCUCUUCACCCACAGCAGUGGCUCUCCUCGGCUGCCCACACCCUUCUUUCAAUGCUGGGCAGGUGCUGCUGGCCUCCAACCAGGGCCACUAAGCCUGGUCCAAGUGCAAGUGGUAGGAUGGAGGCCCAGAGAGGGUCAAAAACCUGCCCAGGGUUGCCCAGCAGAGAUUUGGUCUCUCAAAUCUCAGUGGCAGGGCCAGGACUGAGCUGCCUAACUGGUGCCAAGCCAUCUGUGGUGGCGACUGCUGCCCAUGGGGUCCUCAGGGUGUCACCCUGGGCCCCUCCUGUCCUUCACUAUCAACCCACAGCAGGUCUUUGCCUCCGUUUCCAGCUAAGCAGCUAAAGGACCCAUGGGGCAAGGUGAGGAAGAGGGCCAGGCCCUUUCUGUGACCCAGAGCCUUAAGUGUCACCUUAGCAAGUCCAGCAGCUGAGGCAGAGACCUCUGGGGAGGACCCUAGGAGCUUCCCUUUUCUCUCUGUAAAGUGGGUAUCAGAUGACCAGCUGUGUGGUGGUUUAUUCCUGGAUCACAGCAGCAGCACAAGGGCUCCAGUCACAGGUUGUCAUGUUCACAGAUGACAAAAGUAAUGGCUGUGGAGUUGAAUCAUAACUUUGCAGUAAAACCUUCAGAACAGCAACAGGUGGGCUAGGCGGCAGGGGGGGGUGGCAGGUAAAGGCCCCUUCCUGGGCCUCUGCCAGGCAGGCAGCCGGCCUGGCCAGUGGGUUGAGGCUGGCAGGGUCCCUCCCAUCCCACCAGCUAUGAGGCUUGGGUUGUCUCCUGAUGGACAAGCUCUUCAGUGGCAGGACCCUCUUGUCUCCAAGGCUAGCUGGGCCUGGAAUCUCCCUCUUUGUUCAGAGCCUUCCAGUGAAGCCAGCUAUCCCCUUGCUGGGAGUCCAGCAAGUUCCAUGGAUGAAGGGAAGUGGCUGGAGGUCAGACUGCUAGGACGUGCUCACAAGACCCCUCAAGUCUGAAGGCCAAAGCCCAGCUCACCCCACAUCCUACAGCCAAGAGUCCUCAGAACCCCUGCCCAGCAUGGGGUAUGGGCCAGCGCUGGGUGCCAUGGGCCCUGCCCUGCUCGCCACCAGCAACUGAAGGCAUGUCAGCCUGGAGCAGGCUCUAGCUCACUGUCUUCAGACUGCAGCCACUCCCAGUUCACUGUGCAGUAGCUGGCCCGGAGAGGAGGCCAACAGGUGCCACAUAUCCCACGUAGAGUGGAGAUCUUUCCUUGUUACAGAAGAGGUGGCAGAGCCAGGCGGGAUGCUCUUCUCUCCUCUCACAGCCGGCUGAGAGGGUGCAGCUGGCCUGGCCACACGCCAGCCAGAGUGGAGACGGGCCCCAGUCCGCCUGUCACUUGAGUGCUGCUGGGAGGUGUGGUGUGAGAGCACACCUGCUGGAGCCAGGCACCAGGUUGGCAGCAUGCCCUCAAUGCCUGUAUGGGAUGGGGUGGCCCAGGCGAUAGUGGGGGUGGGCCGUGGUUGGCAGGCUGGUGGCCCUGCCCUCUGAGCCUUUCACCAUCUUCUCACACCUGGGGACAGCUGCUCCCCAGCCAGGCAGCGGUUUGGCAAUCCAGAAACCACCCAGCCACAGACUUGCCAAGUAGGGUGGGUGGGACGCUGGGGUCAAGGGGACCUGACAACUGCUCUGACCUGGGGGCCUUGCAGGGCCUGAAUGGAGCCAUGGCCUUGCGAGUGCCGAGCAGGAACAUGAAGUGGAGGAUGGUGAGGGCCUGUCCACCAGCUUGGUCAUGCGUCCCCGCCAGCCUGUUCUGUGCUCACCCCAGCCCCAUUCUUAUUUUUACACCACUUUGAUGAAACAGAACAGGACUUGUUGCCUUUUAUUUAAAAA